GUUGUACUCGACAAGCCAAACAUGUGGUUUGAGCUUCUAACAACCGCAGCUCUUAUUUCUUCUGCAACUGCGAGAAUCGUUGCUUUACGUGGACCGAUGUUUCCACCUCCAAUGACUGGACCAGUAAUGGUUCGUCGUUCGCCUUAUCCAAUGGGACGUGUACCACUUCCUCUUUCGCCUUAUCCAAGACCUGUACCACUUCUAAGACCUGUAUCACUUGUACCAAUUCGAAGACCACAACUUCCAAUUCCAGGACGUGUUGUAUAUCCAAGACCUGUACAACUAAUUCCAGGACGUGUUGUAUAUCCAAGACCUGUACCAUAUCCUCCUCAGCCUUAUCCAAGACCUGUACCAUAUCCUCCUCUUCAGCCUUAUCCAAGACCUGUACCAGGAAAGAUUCCUUCUCCGCCAAAACCAAUGCCUCCGCCAGAACCAAAGCCGGAAACGGUAACGGACGAAGCAAAACCGUCGCAGGAGAAUGAGCCGGAAAAUGCACCGGCCGAAGCAGCACCGUCGCAGGAGAAUGAGUAGUCCUCCUACAAGGAUCGAGAUAAUAAACAUGAAUGCAGACUUUUUUCCAUCAUGUUCCUUAUAAGUACAGAUGACAAAAUAAGCUAUAAUCGUCUUUUGAGUAUCUGAGUUGCUGAAUUAUCUGGACCUCGUGACACUAG